AUGAGUAAUUUUUAAUUUAAAUAUUAUCCUUCAAAAGCAUUAUAUAUUGGUGAAAAUCAAGAAGAAGGUAAUUCAGCUAGAGUUGAUUAAACAGUAAUUUGGGAGUAAUCUUCUAGAUUAAGUGAAGAAACAUAAGCUGAAAAGAAGGAAAAGGUUGAAGAGUUGAAAGUUGAAAAAAUAAAUUAUGCAGAAGGGAUAAGAACAUUAAAAUUAUUUGAUAAUAGGAUUUAAGAUAUUGAUGAUAUUAGAAUGAGUUUUUCUGAAUCUGAUGAAGCUUAACAUUCAAGUGUAUUUUAAAAAAAUUCAGAUAAUCCAGAUGAAAUUGAAUAAGGUUAAAGGAAUAAUGUAUUUAGAAAUAGAAAAGCAUUAAAUUCUACAAUAAAUGAUUAUUAAAGACCAAAAGUAAUAGUUUAUUUAAGUUGGACUAUUAAUAUAUUAAUGAUAACUGUAUUAACAUUAUCAUUUACAUCCUAUUUUUUAGGAUUAUUUUUAUUUGAAAAUGUUUAAAAUUCAUUAAAUCUUAUAGAAUAUGCAAGUUUAAGAAAUCAAGAAUGUAGUCAAAUUGUAAUGAAUGUUUAGAAUUUAGAAAUGUUAAGGAUUGGAAUUUGGAAUAUGACUGAAUCUGAAGCUAUAAUUUAUGAAGCAGAAUAAAGAACUGAAUUAAAUAAUUCAAUUUUUGCAUUAACAGAUGCAAAUAAAAAAAUAAUGUUAGAUGAACUUUACAUUAAUGAAUAAAUAGAAGAAUUACAUUCUAAAAGUGUUGUUAAUGUAAGGAUUUCAAAAAAUAGUUUUUCUAAUUAUGAUUUAAUUGAAGCUACUUAAUAAAUAAUUAGUAAAGCACUUUUAGUUAGAGAUAAACCAUUAUAAAAUUUGACAUUAGAUGAUGAAGAUGCAACAUUUAUAACUUAUAAUUUAUAGAAUGCAAUAAUAUUUUAAUAUAGAAAUGAGACAAACUAAUAUUCUUAUGGAAUAUAGAAUUUGACAGAAAAUAAUGUUAAUAUCUUUUUUAUAUUUAUGAUUGUAGCAGCAUGUUCUUUUUUUAUUUAAUUAAUAAUGAUUGUGAUUUUAAUUAUAUAGAUAAAUUAGAUAUAAGAAAAAAUAUUACAAUUAUUUAUGGAGAUUCCAGAAAAAACUGUAAAAUAUUUAUAUAACAAAAGUGAAAAUUUUAUAUCAAAUUUAUAAGUAGGGGAAGAAGAAGAAGUAUCUUCUGAUUUAAGUGAUGAAGAAUAAGAUUAACAUAAAGAAUUAAGUAGAACUUUAAAUUCAAAAAGGAAAAAAAAAAUCUUUAAAAAUACAAAUUCAUUUCAUCGCUCAUAAAUUUUAAUUAUAACUUUUAUUCUUUUUACUUUUUAAGGAUAUUUCUUAUUAAAUUAUUUCCUAAAUUAAAUUACUUAUAAUAAUUUAAAAUAAUAGAUACCAGAAUUAAAUGUUACAGCCAGAUGUGGAUCAUAUUAUAGAUUUGUUGAUAAUUGUGAAAGAUAAUUAUUUUUAAAUCCAGAAGAACCAAUACUUUUAGAGAAUGCAUACUCAGUAGUUAUGAAUAACAUAUAAUUAAAUUAUGAAGUUGAUUCAAAUUUACAUUAAGAACAUUCUAAAAAUUCUGAAAUAUAGAAUUCUAAUUAUUAUGAUACUUUCUAAUCUAUUUUUAUGUUUAAUCCUUGUAAUACUUUUGUAUAAGAAGGAUAUACAACAAUUGAAUAUUGUGAAACAUUUGCAAAUGGUUCAAUAUAAUAAGGGAUGGCAGUAGCAAUAGCAAGAUAUUUUGAGAAUGUUAGGUACAUAAUGACUAUUUAUGAUAUGUUUUAUGGACAUCCUGAAGUAAAUUUUAGUGUAGCUGCUAGAGGUUGGGGUAGAUUUAGAAAUAUAACUAAUGAUUCUGAUAAUGUAACUAAUUAUAUCUAUAAUUUGAAUAAUUUCAAAUAGACUACAGAAUCACGUAUUAUGUAAAAUGUCUUUUUAAAAGGUAAAAUAAAAUGAUAAUUUUAUAUAGUUGCUUUUCGUUAUUUACUUGAUUAAUUCUUAACAGCAUUAAAAUAAGAUAUAGAAAUAACACAAACUUAAUUAUUAGCAAUAUUUAUUGUUUUUGAAGUUUUACUAUUUUUUAUAUAUUUCAUAAUCUGGUUACCAGCUUAAAUGAAAAUGACAAGAGAUAUUUGGAGAACUAAAGGAUUGAUUAUGAUGAUUCCUUUGCGUGUGAUUUAAAAGAUUAAAACUAUUAAAGAAUUCAUUAGUUUUUUGGUUCAUAGUUAAGAUAAAUGA